AUGGCUUCGCAACCGCCGACCUGGACGCGCCUCUACUCACAGCCCGCGGCUCCACAGCCAGAAAAGAAGUCGGAAAAGAAGCCGAUUCCUGAGCCGCGGCCCAGUGCUUCCAUUGUGCUGUUGUCCCCCACCAACGAGGUCUUGCUGCUGCAUCGAGUCAAGACGUCGACUUCCUUUGCGUCUGCGCAUGUCUUUCCAGGCGGCAACCUGGAUGCGUUCCAUGAUGGCGACAUCCCGGCUCCGGGGACGCAUGAGCGCCAUCGCGACGGUCCGGCGUAUAGGCUGGGUGCUGUCCGCGAGUGCUUUGAAGAGACGGGCAUUCUGCUCGCCAAGAAGGAUGGCCGGUUGGUUGAUCUGCCGCAGCAGGAGAGGGAUGAGGCGAGGAAGAAGAUCCACGGGAGCCAGAUCAGGUUUGCUGAUUGGCUGAAGUCGAUUGGCGCAGAAGCUGACCAAGAUUCGCUCAUUCCCUUCACGAGGUGGCUGACGCCCGUCGGCGUCGGUAAGCGCUUCACCACUCAGAUGUACUUGUACAUGCUCCCCAUUUCACGAUCUGGAAUACCAUCCGAGAUGCUGGUGCCAACUCCCGACGGCGGCGUCGAGCACACCGAGGCCAUCUUCGCCCCUCCGCAGACGUUCCUCUCACGCGUGGCCUCUAAUGAGAUGAUUUUGUUCCCGCCUCAGUACUACAUCCUCACGCUGCUCACAAAGUUCCUCAAAGGCCCGACAAUCUCAGUCGAAGAAGGGCCCAUCUAUUAUACAAGGCAGCGCAAACAACUGCUCAAAUUUGUAAAAGCCACGCCGACGGUCGAUACGGAAAAGGCCAAAGACCACGUCACGUCAAGCAUAUCGUGGGCCGACAAGGUGAUUAGUCCAUAUCACUUGUUUGUCAGAAAGAGCGACAAGCGAGUGGUUUUGGGCUUGGAGAAGCCAGGGCUUGAGCUCAAGGAUUCGGAUAGGGGCGGUGAUUGGGAGAGAGUGGUGUUGGUGAGCUUUGGCAAGUCUGGGCCUUCUCAGGUGGAGGUGCGCCUGAGGGAGGAUGUACUCGCGGAGGAGAAGGAGGCUCCCUCGGGAGGGUCAAAGCUAUGAGAUGAAAUGAGUUGAUCUUAAUUUUAGAUAUAUAAAGCGUAUGGUGGGUUGUAUAUAAAACUGAUACUAAGUUGCUCAUAAUGUUCUGUGAAAUCGAAGGCCAGUAGUAAUGAGAAGUGAUAACUAUAACGUUACAUUUACUGAACGUUGUUGCACGGUAUUCACACCACUUAAAGCAGAAACUGACACAUGCUGUUAUUCCACUUUGUUUACUUUAUCGACCCAAGAUCUCCAUACCGCUAUUUUGGUCUUCGAAUGGGGGGAAAAAAACUUGCUCAAACACACGCAAGUGUGGAAUGGACAGGCUAAGAAAACAAAGAACCAUUGGCUUGGCGCACGCACAUGGCAAUUGGGCGUGGCUUUUCUUCCAAUUUGGUAGCCAUCUUGUAUAGUUUAAGAUCCUAGUCCUAGAAUGAAACGCUCGUUAUCAUACUGUUUACAUUAAUUUCUGUAAUUUUGUUUUUACAAUCAUCAUUCUGUGCACUGUGCGAAGUACAUGGACACAGUUUCUGGCGAUGGCCGCCUAACCUAUGAUAGCUCAUAAGUGGUUCGGGACACUUGAUCUGUUUUUUCUACCAUCUUCUAUAUGCGUAGCCUGGAAGGACAUGGCGAAUUGUUGGUGGGAGGAUAUUUCUGAAUUUUUCAACAGCUGCGUUGAUACAUAUAUCUGAUAGCAUAAUGCGCCUUCGCAUCAAAGUAAGGAGUACGAGUUGCCAGCAGUUGUAGCCGUAGAACUCACUGCAGCACUUGUUCCCUAUAAAUAGCUCUAUCUCUAUAAGAUA